UCUGUGAGGUCAGGACAUGUAGUCAAGCUGUUAAGGGGUGAGACAGUUGUCCUCAGGCCUGAGAAGGCCCUAGUCACCUAGGGAAUAUGUUUAUCCAUGCAGGUUCUUAGGGCUGCCUAAAAUUUAGACUUGACGUUGCUAUAUCUUCAUUUAGCCGGGAAUGGGCUGGGGUGUGUGUGUUCGUUUUUAUCAAGUUCUGGAGGCAGCUCAGUUCUGGUACAGGCAACUGGCAGACACUGUUUAUAGUGGAAGGACUGGCUUCUGGGGCUUUGGAGGCUCUUGGUGUGGGGAGGGUGGAUCUGUGUGACCACCACCUCAUCUACAGCAUAACCUAGAUUGGGUUGCAUCCUCACGUAGUAUCAGCAUUCCUAACACCAUAAAGUGUAGGAUUCAAAGACCUGGGCAAAGGCUUUGCACAGUACUGUUAAUAAUGGCCACCAUUUACUGAACUCUGACUCUUAAUACGAAAGAGGUCAUUGGUGUGCAUGCCCAGAGGAAGUAAAUAAUGCCAGCAAAUAUUUGAGAACUUACUGUGUACAAUCCUCUGUGCCAAGUCCUUUGCGUGAAUUAUUUCAAAAUUUUACAACACCCCAAGUAGAUGCUAUAUAAUUGCCUUUCUACCAGUGAAGAGAUGGAACCACAGAGAUGUUGAGUAAUUUGCCCAAGGUCACACAGCUAAGGAGAGCAAAAGUAUAACCCUUCCCAUUCAGAGACCUAGGAAGGGCAGGAGUGGUGAGGGAGAGGAGCAGAUUGUAGACAGGGUGCACUGGUAGAGGAAAGGUCCCAAUUGCUUGCCAGGCGCCCCCAACCCUUCAGCACCGCGGACAGCUCUGCAGGGGGCUGGGGAUUGGGCCCGGAGAAAAGCACUGGAAGGAUUCUCCCAAGGUGUGUGUUGGAGUUGAGGUCUGAGUAAGGUUCCUAGGCCCGAUGCUGCUCUAAUGGGGCGGGGGCCACCCGCAGGGCUGGGCGGGGCUGUGUUGCCAUCUGGAGUCGCUGCCGCAGGCGGCCACAGUCGAGGCGUGAGCGGCGGGAGAGAACACCGGGCUGGAGGGAGUGCAGCCGCCGCGGCGGCGGCACCUGGGCCGGCCCGCCACCGCUGCUACCCUUAGCCUUCCGGGGCUCCUGCUGCCGGACCGGCCAUGUCUCUCAGCGGAACCUCUGAGCGCAGCGUCCCGGCCACCAAGAUUGAAAUUACCGUGUCCUGCCGGAACCUGCUGGACCUCGACACCUUCUCCAAGUCCGACCCCAUGGUGGUGCUUUACACGCAGAGCCGGGCCAGCCAGGAGUGGAGGGAGUUCGGACGGACGGAGGUGAUCGACAACACACUGAACCCAGACUUCGUGCGCAAAUUCGUCCUUGAUUAUUUCUUUGAAGAAAAGCAAAAUCUGCGCUUCGAUGUGUACAACGUGGACUCCAAAACCAACAUUUCCAAGCCGAAGGAUUUCCUGGGACAAGCGUUUCUGGCCCUGGGAGAGGUGAUUGGAGGCCAGGGCAGCCGCGUAGAGCGACCCCUCACGGGUGUACCAGGCAAGAAGUGUGGGACCAUAUUGCUGACUGCAGAGGAGCUUAGCAAUUGUCGGGACAUUGCUACCAUGCAGCUGUGUGCAAACAAGCUAGACAAGAAGGACUUCUUUGGGAAAUCAGACCCCUUCCUUGUGUUCUACAGGAGCAAUGAGGAUGGCACGUUCACCAUCUGCCACAAGACAGAAGUUAUCAAAAACACACUGAACCCCGUGUGGCAGCCCUUCAGCAUCCCCGUGCGUGCACUGUGCAAUGGAGACUAUGACAGAACAGUGAAGAUUGAUGUGUAUGACUGGGACCGGGAUGGCAGCCAUGACUUCAUUGGUGAGUUCACCACCAGCUAUCGGGAGCUGAGCAAGGCCCAGAACCAGUUUACAGUGUAUGAGGUACUUAACCCUCGUAAGAAAUGUAAGAAGAAGAAAUACGUCAACUCGGGAACUGUGACACUGCUUUCCUUCUCUGUGGACUCGGAAUUCACUUUCGUCGAUUAUAUCAAAGGAGGGACCCAGCUGAACUUCACAGUAGCCAUUGACUUCACAGCUUCUAAUGGGAAUCCCCUGCAGCCCACCUCCCUGCACUACAUGAGUCCCUACCAGCUCAGCGCCUAUGCCAUGGCCCUCAAGGCAGUGGGAGAAAUCAUCCAGGACUAUGACAGUGACAAGCUCUUCCCAGCCUACGGCUUUGGGGCCAAGCUGCCCCCAGAGGGACGGAUCUCCCACCAGUUCCCCCUGAACAACAAUGAUGAGGACCCCAACUGUGCGGGCAUUGAGGGCGUGUUGGAGAGCUACUUCCAGAGCCUGCGCACAGUGCAGCUCUAUGGGCCCACCUAUUUCGCUCCUGUCAUCAACCAGGUGGCCAGGGCUGCAGCCAAGAUCUCUGAUGGUUCCCAGUACUAUGUUCUGCUCAUCAUCACGGACGGGGUCAUCUCUGACAUGACACAGACCAAGGAGGCCAUUGUCAGUGCCUCCUCACUGCCCAUGUCUAUUAUUAUUGUUGGUGUGGGACCAGCCAUGUUUGAAGCAAUGGAAGAGUUGGAUGGUGAUGACGUGCGCGUGUCCUCCAGGGGACGCUACGCUGAGCGGGACAUCGUUCAGUUUGUCCCAUUCCGAGACUAUGUCGACCGAUCAGGGAACCAAGUGUUGAGCAUGGCCCGACUAGCCAAGGAUGUGCUCGCAGAGAUCCCAGAGCAGCUGCUGUCCUAUAUGCACCAGGACAUCCAGCCUCGUCCUCCACCACCUGCCAACCCCAGCCCGACCCCAGCUCAAAAAGCAGCCCUAAGGAACCUACUUAUCCAAUGCCUGCAAUCUGCCCACCCACCCAUCUACUGCUUCUGCUGAAAGCCAGAGGCAGCUAAAGCCCUGUGACUCACUGGGAGGCCAGCUUGGAGGAUCAGUGCUGGGUGUCAAGUCUUCCACUCUCUCACCCACAGAUGGCCUGGCACUAUCAACACCUCCCUGCCUUUAUGCCAAUAAUAAAGCUGAAAAAUAAUAAUUACUCCACUUCUGUCUCUUGGUCUUGGGGAAGGAGACUAGGGGACCCAGGGCUUGGAAUACUAAGAGGAGGGAGGAUAGCUUCAGGUAGGAUUUAUCCCAUCCUAUUAAACAUUCAUCCAAUCAUUUUUUUCAGACAUUCUUUAAACACUUCAGAGUGCCAAGUAAAAUUGUGCUUGUGUUUUUCUGAGA